CACGAAAACCAAACCAGUCGAUUUCCUUCUUUCAAUCCUGCUACAACUCGCGAUGCACUCCAUAGCAACCGCCCUCUUGCUCACCGCAGUCGCAGCAGGAAGCGUCAUCCCAGCUCGACCCCACCAACAGCAACAACCCAUCCUCGGGAACACCAACAACGCACAUGACGACCAAAUACCCGGAAACGCAUCCUUCAUGCAUUGCAAGACCGCCGAAAUACGCGACAAUAACAUCUUCCAUAUAUCAAGACUGGACGCAUAUCCUUCGCCUUCAGACAUUCUACCCGGAGACACGAUAACGCUUACGCUUACCGGGAGAUUCACAGACGGUGUUCCACGUAGAUCUCUCGUCGCGACAUUCCACACCUUCGGCGGCGACGGUAGCGACAUCUGCGACAGUGUUACGCCGGUCGUAGAGCAAGAGGGCGAGGUAGUAUUGCAGAUGAAAGAUCGAAUUCCGUGGGGGACGCCGGUUGGACAUUACGCUCUCGGGCACCUUGCAGCGACACCGAGAUGGAACGAUACGUUUUGCGUGGUUGGGGAGAUUUUCGUGGGCGGGGAGCUGGAUGGAAGUCCCUAAGGGACCUGGAAUGAGUAUGAGUUAUUGAGUCGAAGGUUGCAACAGGCAGUUAGCUUCGGCUACGUCGAUCUUGCAGGUCGAGAAGUUGCGCCUCAGAAAGCAGGCGGCAAAGCAUGUAUAACAAGAUGAUUAUGGGAUGAAGCGAAUGAAUUCUAUUCCACGCCGCAUCAAGCGGAUCGUGGUUGAUGGAAGUGUCGGUAUAAACCAGUAUUAAAUACAAGAAAUUCAAAACCCAUGGUA